AUGCCUAAACUCCUACAAGGAAUCAUCACUGUCAUUGACGUUUUCUACCAAUAUGCCACCCAGCAAGGGGAAUGUGAUAUGUUAAACAAAACAGAGCUAAAAGAACUUUUGGGAAAUGAGUUUCGUCAAAUUCUAAAGAAUCCAGAUGAUCCAGACACUGUAGAUGUCAUCAUGCAAAGUCUGGAUAGAGACCAUAACAAGAAAGUGGACUUUACUGAAUAUCUUCUGAUGAUAUUCAAGCUGGCUCAGGCUUGUAAUAAAAUCAUUGGCAAAGAUUACUGCCAAGCUUCAGGGUCAAAGCAGAGAGAUCACAGUCACCAGCACCAAGAGGAACAAAACAAAACAGAAGAAAAGCAGGACAAAGGGCAAGAAUCCUCUUCUAGUCAUUCAACUUGUAGUGCAGGAGAGAAUGACUCCUAUUCAAGGUGUUCCAGAGGAAGCCUUAAACACAGACCUGGGUUCAGCUCACAAAGACUGGGGCAUCAAGGAGACUUGCCUGUUUCUGGGUAUAGGCAAAGCUCUGUAGAAAGGACAGAGUCAAGUUCAGGCCACUUCAAGGAUAGUCAGUCAUCCAGUUAUGGCCAACAUGGGUCUGAAUCAGGUCAGUCUUCUGGCUUUGGGCAACACAGGUCUGGCUCAGGUGAGUCUUCUGGCUUUAGACAGCAUGCAUCUGGCUCCCAUCAGUCCUCUGGCUAUGGACAACAUGGUUCUACAUCAGGACAGUCAUCAAGUUGUGGCCAACAUGAAUCUAGUUCAGGUCAGUCUUCCACCUCUGGUCAGCAUGACUCUGGUUCAAAUCAGUCUUCUAGCUAUGGAAGACAUAGAUCUGGAUCAGGUCAGUCCUCCAGUUAUGGCCAACAUGGGUCUGAAUCAGGUCAGUCUUCUGGCAUCAGGCAACACAGGUCUGGCUCAGGUGAGUCUUCUGAUUUUAGUCAGCAUGGAUCUGGCUCCCAUCAGUCUUCUAGCUAUGGACAACAUAGUUCUAUAUCAGGACAGUCAUCAAGUUGUGGUCAACAUGAAUCUAGCUCAGGUCAGUCUUCCACCUCUGGUCAACAUGGCUCUGGCUCAAGCCACUCUUCUAGCCAUGGCCAACAUGGGUCUAGAACAGGUCAAUCUUCUGGCUUUGAGCAACAUGGCUCUGUCUCUGGUGAGUCUUCUGGUUUUACUCAGCAAGGAUCUGGCUCUGGUCAAUCUUCUAGCUAUGGACAAUGUGUUUCAACAUCAGGACAGUCACCAAGCUAUGGCCAACAUGGAUCUACCUCAGGUCAUUCUUCCAGUUAUGGUCAGCAUGGCUCUGGCUCAAGUCAGUCUUCUAGAUAUGGCCAACAUAGUUCUGGAUCAGGCCAGUCUUCCAGCUCUCGCUGGCACAGAUGUGGAUCAGGUCAGUAUUCUAGCCCCAGCCAACAUGGGUCUGAAUCAGGUUGGUCUUCUGGCUUUGGGCAACAUGGGUCCAGCUCAGGUGAGUCUUCUGGCUUUAGUCAGCAUGGAUCUGGCCCAGGUCAGUCCUCUAGCUAUGGACAACAUAGUUCUACAUCAGGACAGUCAUCAAGUUGUGGCAGACAUGAAUCUAGCUCAGGUCAGUCGUCCACCUCUGGUCAGCAUGGCUUUGGCUCAAGUCAGUCUUCUAGAUAUGGCCGACAUAGGUCUGGAUCAAGCCAGUCUUCCAGCCCUAGCCAAUAUAGAUCUGACUCAGGUCACUCUUCUAGCCAUGGCCAACGUGAGUCUGGAUCAGGUCAGUCUUCUAGCCACAACCACCAAGAGGCUGUAUCAGGUCAGUCGUCCAGCUAUGGCCAACAUGAGUCUGAAUCAGGUCAGUCUUCUGGCUUUGGGCAACAUAGGUCUAGCUCAGGUGAGUCUUCUGGUUUUAGACAGCAUGGAUCUGGCUCCCAUCAGUCUUCUAGCUAUGGACAACAUGGUUCUACAUCAGGACAGUCAUCAAGUUGUGGUCAACAUGAAUCUAGCUCAGGUCAGUCUUCCACCUCUGGUCAACAUGGCUCUGGCUCAAGCCACUUUUCUAGCCAUGGUCAACAUGGGUCUAGAACAGGUCAGUCUUCUGGCUUUGAGCAACAUGGCUUUGGCUCUGGUGAGUCUUCUGGUUUUGCUCAGCAAGGAUCUGGCUCUGGUCAAUACUCUAGCUAUGGACAAUGUGGUUCUACAUCAGGAAAGUCAUCAAGCUGUGGCCAAAAUACAGCUACCUCAAGUCAUUCUUCCAGCUAUGAUCAGCAUGGCUGUGGCUCAAGUCAGUCUUCUAGAUAUAGUCAACAUAGGUCUGGAUCAGGCCAGUCCUCCAGCUCUAACCAGCAUAAGUAUGGAUCAGGUCAGUAUUCUAGCCCCAGCCAACAUGGGUCUGAAUCAGGUCCAUCCUGCAGCUAUGGAAAAUAUGGGUCUGGAUCAGGUCAGUCUUCUAGCUAUGGCCAACACAGAUCUAGCUCAGGCCCGUCAUCCAGCUAUGGUCAGCAUUGGUCUGGUUCAAGUCAGUCUUCGAGCUGUGACCAACAUGGGUCUGGAUCAGGCCAAUCUUCCACCCACAGCCAACAUAGAUCUGGCUCAGGUUGGUCUUCUAUCCAUGGCCAACAUGGCUCUGGCUCAGGUCAGUCAUCUGGCUUUGAGCAACAUGGUUCUGGAACAGGUCAGUCUUCUGGCUUUGGGCAACAUGGUUCUGGUUCAGGAGAGUCUCCUUGCUUUGGUCAGCACAGAUCUGGCUCAGGUGAGUCUUCUAGCUGUGACAAACAUUGGUCUAGUUCAGGUCAAUCAACCAGCUACAGUCAGCAUGAGUCUGGCUCAGGGCAAUCUUCUAGCUAUGGCAAAUAUGGAUCUGGAUCAGGUGAGUCUUUUGGCUCUAGUCAGUAUGGAUCUUCCUCAGGUCAGACCUCUAGCUAUGGCCAACAUAGAUCUGGCCAGAACAGGAGACUGUGGCCAGCGCCCCCGGAAAGCCACACCAGCGAGCUCGGUGCUGGGCACGCGCGCUGGGCCCUCCAGCCCCGCACGGCCCCUCGCAGCAGCAGCGGCCAGGAGCUCGGGUCCCGGAAGUGCGGCCCCUGUGCCCGGAAGUGGGUUUCUCCACGGCCCUCAUCCCCUCAGCCUGCGGCUGAGUUCGUCGUGCUGAUUCCGAACGCACUGCCCCGACUCCCACCAACUCCGCUGGGGGAGGCCUCUGCCGUGAGCAUCCGCGGUGUUCUGGAAGGACGUCCGCGCCCUACCUGCAGCCCCGUCCUCGGUGGAGCAGCCCAGCUGCCCCUGACCGAGGAUGGGACUUAG